GCAGAGGUGAAGAGGUUAGAGAUCUGUUAAAGGAAGAGCAGAGAGUAGCACCACAGCACACAAAGUCAUUACCUGAGUUAUAGCUACACACCCACCAAACAUCAUGGCAAACAUGAAAAUAAGACUGAUAUUUACAUUCAGUCAUGUUUUAGUAAAUCUUCUACUCAAGCCUUCCCCUUUAAAACAUUAAUGAAUCUGUGUGUUUACAGCAUGAGGAUGCCUCUUUACUCAUGUUUGACCACCUAGUGGAGGACAACGGUUUAAAGCCACUGAUGAAGCUGUAUGGUCUGGAUCCAUACGGAGAAAAAGAAAAUGACCUGAAAUUCAUCACAGAGAUGAUUCAAGGAAAACCCCUGACUGAAGAUCAGGUCAAGGGUUUAAAGUCACUGAUGGAGCUGUAUGGUCCGAUAUUCCCAAAAUCAGAAGAACCUAAAGAAAAUGACCAGGCAUUCAUCAAAGAGAAGAUUCAAGGAAAACCCCUGAGCAAUAAUGAAGCUCAGGAUAAGACAUCAUGGCCAUAUGAGGGUCGGACAGAGGAGAAGUCCUUCCUCUAUGAAAUUGUGGCUAACAAGCUAAAUGGAAUUGAUGUGGACAAGUUUGACUACUUUGCCAGGGAUGCCUACCACCUGGGCAUGCAGAGCAACUUUGACCAUAAGCGCUUCAUCAAGCUUGCCAGGGUGUGUGAAGUUUACGACGAGAAGACCAAGAAGCCCAAGAAGCACAUCUGCUCCAGAGACAAGGAGGUGGGCAAUCUAUAUGACAUGUUCCACACAAGGAACUGUCUCCACAGAAGGGCCUAUCAGCACAAAACAAACAAAAACAUAGAGAUUAUGAUCAGUGAUGCCUUCUUGAAAGCAGAUGAACACAUCAAGAUUUACGUCUCAGAAACGAAGAGGUUUAAACUGUCUGAAGCCAAAAAUGACCCGGAGGCCUACACCAAGCUGACAGAUCAGGUGUUUGAGAGAAUCCUCCACCCUUGGUCGUCUUCUGAAGACCCGAAGGAAGCCAGGAAGAUUCUGGAGAGGAUUGUCUCCCGAAACCUGUACAUGUUUGUGGGUGAAACCAAGCCCAAGACAAGAGGACAGGAAGAAAUGCGAGAGGUAAGAAUGAAAACAUGACUUGACAUCAUGAUGUCCAUUUGGGCUUGACACA